ACGCCCCUACCCUCUGCGAACCAUGUGGCUGUAUCGUUGGUAAAUAAAUACUUCUUCUCUAUUUUAACUUCCGUUUUGGUGCGAAUUUCUGCACAGCCGGAGAAGGCGACAUGUCGCAGGGCGUCGGGAGCCUCCAGGCGCAGGUGGAGUCGGUGCUGGGCGCGCUGGUCAAAGCGGCCUCGGUGGAGUUAAUCAAACUGUUCGAGAGCAGAUACCGAACUGCCGAGGUGGGUUUGGGCCGCAGCGAGGACGCGAAGGGAAACGAAAGCUCGGAUAUUUUAUCGAGUGGGGUCACAAAACGCAGCAUCGGCGUGCAAGUGGGCGAGAACAUCUCAGAGCCGUCGCUGUUUAACGAGCCUACUUUUGUCUCGGAUGAUGGUGGUUGUGUGAGGGACUGCAAGGAGGUGGUGGUGGAGGGUUGCCUCAUUCCGCGAGAAAUCCUCUUGGGUGAAGAUAAUGGGCCUGCUGACCCCGAGUGGCCAUCCCUGAAGGAUCUGCAGGUUGUGGAUUUGGUGGAGCUAAGCGUCCUUGAAGCAGAGUCACUAUCUGACUGUGAUGCUCAGACACAAGUUUUGCACGUGCAAAUAAGGAAUGAGGAGGAUGGAGAGAGAGAGGACAGAGAGACUGUGCAAGAGCUGGAAGGACGAGUCUCUGCAGAGACACGGACAGAGACAUCAACAAACAGUGUGCCAGCUAAUCAGAAGCCGCUUGUAAUUCAGCCUGAUACGAGUAACUCCGCUUCUGGGGAGAAGGUGAAGUAUGUUUGCCCGUUGAUCCUUAAACCGGAGUCUCCGGCACCCAAACCUGAGACAUCAGAGAAGCCCACUCAAGCCGAGCCUCAGCAGGCCUGUGUCAGCACAGCCAAGGGCACUGCCUACAGUCCCUCCCCAUCUGAUGGAGCUGCAACUCCUGCACAGAUCGGGGUGUGGGAAUGGGUCCACUCUCAGAAGGAAGCAAAGAACCAUCUCCAGAUGAAGCUGAAACUCACCUCUCCAGAUCCAAAGCUGCUGCGUCCCUGUGCUGUACAAUUGGUAAAUCUUCUCACGAUACCUGAAUCGGAGAUGUCGAAUCAGGGUGACGCUGCCAAAGUUCACAGCAUUGACCACAACAAUGGUUGGCCUGUGCCCAAAGAUCUCCGCCAUCAUCAAGGCCUUCACACCGGCCAUCGCCUCUGCUGCUUCACCAGAUGUGGAAAUGACAUUUGGCGUCUCCAAACAGUCGUCAGCCGCUCCCGUGAUGGAUACCGCUGCAGUAUCUGUGGGAAAAUAUUCAACCGGAGGAAGAUCCUCCGGCGACACGAGCGCUUCCACACUGGGGAGAAACCGUACUCGUGUUCUGUGUGUUCUAAGACGUUCGCCCUAAGAAAGAGUCUCCGCCGCCACUCGAGGUUCCACACGGGGGAGAGGCCGCACACCUGCCCGCAGUGCGGGAAGAGCUUUCGUCUGCGAGACAACCUGAAAGCACACCUGAGGUUUCACACCGGAGAGAAGCCUUUCAGCUGCCCCACAUGCGGCAAGACGUUCCGGAUCAUGAGGAAUCUGGAGAAACACAAACUGAGCCAGUGUGACUUCUUUGUUCCUUCUUUCAGAACCAUCGCUGGCUUUAAGCUGUAAGAACAGCUGUCAGGGGCAGGCCGCUGUGGUCGCACGCAUGUCUACCUCAGACUGAAAACACUAAAUCACAGAAGCUUAGAUAAGAGAGAAGUCAUACAUGAGGCAAACUGUUGCGUUGAUUCCUGAUAUAAGAAACUUGUACUACUGAUGUUUUAGUCUAAUUUUGUCCGUUUAGUUCUUGUCAUAUUGUUACAUUAAUGGGGCUGAGAUGGUGGCAGAGUACAACUAAACCUGUUUACGCAUUAAACCCACCGACCUUUGCACAGUUAACCAGCUCACAAGUGUGUGAGUCCUCUGGUGCUCCUUGGAGAUUUGUGUUUUAGACGGCUUGUAACGCACCAUUAAUGGGUAGAUCUGAGAUAUCUGGUGCUUGUCUGUUUUUUGAAAAACCACAGCUCUCCACCUGCCAACAUUUCCUGUUAAGUACUUUUAUAGAUUUGUUUUUGGAGUUUUUUUUUUUUGUUUGUUUUUUUUACUUAACACUCAUGUCACUUAUUACUUACUUUUUAGCUUUGUAGCAUGUUAUGAUUAUUCAUUGUCUGUAGAUGUAUUGCUUUCCAUGACCUGUAUGUCUCAUGGUGACUUUGAGUUAAAACACAACAAAUACGGUCUUGUCUUCAUUUGAAAGACAGUUUGGGUUUGUUUUUUGUUUGUUUUUUUUAACGUGUGCACUCAGCACUGACUGACGUCUGUUUUUCAGUCUUUUUAACGACUUUUGCUGAAAACAUUUAUCUUGUGUAUCAAUAAAAAAAAGAAAAUAAAUUUUGUGUGUGCACAUCUAAGCUAUAAUGACACUGCCUUUGAAAUA